GAUGGACAGAUACUCAAGACCCCAUAGUUACACCCAAUGUGGGUCCAGAAUGGGAAGUAAAAACUGAUUUGCCUUUACCCUACAGGCACCAGAUGUUUCACCUCCAUGUUCAUCCAGUUGUUGGCUUUGCUGAGGCCUGCCACCAGACAGGCAGUUCAUGCCAGUUAGAAACUGGACUCAAGCUGCAAAUGCAUUGCACUCAGGCCACCAAGCACUCAUCAAAUAGGAAUGUCUUUGUCUUAUUGCCAGCCUGCUGACCCAGAGGAUCCAACAGCUGCAUCCAUCUCUGACAGAGACUGUGCUACAAGAGAAGGAGAGACUGUAGCCAUGAACUAUAAGCCGUCCCCACUCCAAGUGAAACUAGAGAAGCAGCGGGAACUAGCUCGGAAGGGGUCCCUGAAGAAUGGCAACAUGGGAAGUCCAGUUAAUCAGCAACCCAAGAAGAACAACGUGAUGGCACGGACAAGGCUGGUUGUUCCCAAUAAAGGCUAUUCAUCGUUAGAUCAGAGUCCAGAUGAAAAGCCACUGGUAGCCUUGGAUACAGACAGUGAUGACGACUUCGAUAUGUCCAGAUAUUCCUCUUCAGGAUACUCAUCAGCUGAGAUUAACCAAGACUUGAACAUCCAGCUGCUAAAGGAUGGGUAUCGGUUAGAUGAGAUUCCAGAUGACGAGGACCUCGACUUAAUCCCCCCUAAGUCUGUCAACCCCACCUGCAUGUGCUGCCAAGCCACCUCCUCCACCGCCUGCCACAUCCAGUAAUGAGGACAGCAGGGCGUGAUCAGUGCUUUCCACUAUAACUGUAAAACUUAACGGCCAUUGCUUCCUCCUAUGGUAGGACGUGCAUCUCUUUGUGUUCAUGGAGCCAGGAGAAACCAAAAAUCCAUUUUACGAUCAGUUGAUAAGUUCUUCUUAAGCUCUGGUUAACAAACAUAGAGGCUUGAAGUGCCAGACUGGGCCUGGUCUGGGGAGUUAAUGCAAAAGGGCCCAGUGGUCCUAGGUCUGUACAGGCUCUGACUGAGGUCUGCAUGGUGGCAGGGCUGGUUUGGGGCAGCAGUUAUUCCUCCACGUCUCAGUUAAUCUUAUUGCAAGAUCCAUGGUGAACUGGAGACACAAGGUCUUUCUAACAGGGUGGGGAGGGCAUUAUCCUUAAUUCAUUCCCUAAAACCGAUCCAUUUUUGCCAACUAACUGGGUCCGGGCAUAGGAGCAGAGUAAAAUUCUGGAGGGGAGCCAGGCUAGCAAGGAGUAAGAUGCCCUGAAAGUCAGCUGCACUCACAGAGCACACGUAGGCAGUAUUUCAUCCUGGGUCAAUACCCACAGCCUCUUGGGCAGCCAUGUCACACAUCUGAUGAAUCUGCUCCUCGUUUCACCUUAAGUCACCCCCAGACAGGUAAAAUUCUAUCCGCAGGCCAUCUUUGCUCCUUUUAGAUUACUUUACUUCCAGGAAUAACCUUACAGUCUCCACAAAUUCAAGCCAGGUCACAUUUCUCGGGUUUUGUUUAAAUUUUUUGUAGCCCAACUCAUGCCAAAAAUCCAUUAAAUAAAUUCUCAUACGUGCAGGGACACAGAGAUUAGGGCGGGAAGACCAAAUGCGGUGAAGAAUGCACAUUUUUCCCACGUUUUCACAUGUUUAUCAACGCAGAAUGCCAGUGUGGUCGGCGUUGUCCUAGGCUGGGAGGGGGAGCAUCUUUUGGGAACAAAAAGACUGCAGGUAGGUUCACCUCAUUAAAAGCACGAGGAGAACUGCUGUUAUCCCACCUCUGCCCUUUUCUGGGACAACCAUCGCUCACAUUAAAGCUGUCUCAAGAGUGAGGGAACUUGUGUUUAGACAGUGCUCUCAGGAAACCUGGCUCUAAAAUAAAUGGAUGGAUGGUAUCAUCAAUUUGCCCAGCAGCUGUGUUUGACACAGGCAGGUUUCCUGAAUCAUGCAGCACGUUGGCUUCCCAGUUUUUUUCUUUUGUUUAGUUUUUGGAGCUUUUGGCUGCAGAGUGCCCAGGAAAGACUGCCAGCAUCGCCUUUAGCACUCACCUUAGCCCUGAGCAAUUGAAAGAUUGAGGAAAAUUCGAUCAGUUUUUCUAAUCUCAACUCCUGUCUGGAAAUUCCAUAAUAUUGCAACAAGGUGCUGAAGUUUCACCUUUCU